AUGUUUGAGCUCCCGGAUGCAAAGCGUGUGAGGCGGCAGGAUCUGUACGACUCGGCGUCAGACCGGCAGCCAAGUCCUGGCGACGACGGCGCAGAAGCUGAGUUGCGCGCCAAGCUGAAUGCUCGUCUCUCCAACCUGCUCGCCAUGGACCUGCGCCCGCCCGAGGCAGCGGCCAGCGGGGUGGCCCAGGCAGCUGGCGACGGCAGCGGCGAGCACCAGGACGAAGAUGAGUUCGAGUUUCGACUCUUCUCAACCUCGGGAGCAGCGCCCAAAGUCGUCCUCGAGGACGACAGCGGCGCACGUAAUGGUCGGCCGGCCAUCGCGCAGCGGCCCGUGUCCUUCUACAUCCGGGGAGAACUGACACCCGAGGAACACGAGAGGCUCCGGUUUUCGGCAGUAAGCGGCAAGGACGUCCUGGCUGGAGCCCAGCAGCGGGCCUGGGGGUUGGAAGUGCCGUGGCGGGUUACCAAGAUCACGAUAGGAACAGCGCAGAAGAGGCCAAAGACCGGCAGCCAACCGUCUGGGCUGUCAGAACUGGCUGGCGAGCACUCAAAGAAGAAGACGCGGCCGGGGAAGAAGAUGAGGAUAGCAGCGAGGAUCAAAGAAAGGGCCCAAAAAGAAGCGGCGGCCGCUCUCGAGAAGAAGAAGAUGACCAAGGAGGAGCAUCUGAAGGAGAAGAAGAAGCGGCUGAACCGAGAGAAGAAGCUGAAGCGGAGGCAAAAAGAAAAAGAGAAGAAACAGGCCGGCAAGGGCGAGGCGGGCGAGCAGUCCGAGUCAGAGGGCGACGAUGCAGAUUAA